CGCGGCUCCCGGAAGCACCGGGAGCCGGAGCGAGCCGAGCUGGGCCGGCAGUGAGCGGCGAGCGUGGCCGCCGAGCGGGCGCGCAGAAAGGAAAAGGUCAAGAAAUGUCUGCCAAUUUAAAGUACCUUUCCUUGGGCAUCCUGGUUUUUCAGACCACAAGUUUAGUGUUGACCAUGCGCUAUUCUCGGACGCUGAAAGAAGAAGGACCUCGUUACUUAUCCUCUACUGCAGUAGUUAUUGCUGAACUUCUGAAGAUUUUGGCCUGUGUUCUAUUAGUCUACAAAGACAGCAAAUGCAAUUUACGGACUCUGAACAGAGUGCUACGUGAUGAAAUCCUUAACAAACCCAUGGAAACCCUUAAACUUGCUAUUCCUUCAGGAAUUUACACUCUUCAGAACAACUUGCUAUAUGUAGCAUUGUCGAACCUAGAUGCAGCCACAUACCAGGUUACAUAUCAACUGAAAAUUCUCACCACAGCAUUGUUUUCUGUGUCCAUGUUGAGCAAGAAACUGGGUGUAUACCAGUGGCUGUCACUAGUAAUAUUGAUGACAGGAGUGGCAUUUGUGCAGUGGCCUUCAGACUCUCAAGCAACACCUGCUAAGGAGCACUCAGCAGGAUCACAGUUUGUAGGCCUGAUUGCAGUUCUCAUAGCGUGCUUUUCUAGUGGAUUUGCUGGAGUUUAUUUUGAGAAAAUUUUAAAGGAAACUAAGCAGUCUGUGUGGAUCAGAAACAUUCAGCUUGGGUUUUUUGGUAGCAUAUUUGGACUGAUGGGUGUUUACAUUUAUGAUGGAGAACAACUGUCAAAGAAUGGAUUUUUUCAAGGAUACAAUAAACUUACUUGGGUGGUGGUUGUUCUACAGGCACUUGGAGGGCUGGUGAUUGCUGCUGUUAUAAAAUAUGCCGACAACAUUUUAAAGGGAUUUGCAACUUCUCUCUCCAUUAUACUGUCAACAUUGAUCUCCUAUUUCUGGCUGCAAGAUUUUGUCCCUACAAGUGUCUUUUUCCUCGGAGCCAUCCUUGUAAUAGCAGCUACUUUUCUAUAUGGUUAUGAUCCCAAACCUGCAGGAAAUCCCAUUAAGGCAUAGCAGACUUCCUCAUCAACCUGCUUCUCGAGAUCAUGCACUGGGGGCCUUGCUAGCACUGGCAUGUGGGAAGUGUCACUGUGCACUGCAAGGGAAGGAUGGCUGCCCUGCAUAUAUUGAAGAAAUGAAGAGUAGUUCUGAACAGCCAGAGGGGUUACAGGUGGAGGGUGAAGCUGUCUGCAACUGGUGGGGGGGAGAUGUCAGGGGAAUGCCCAGUGCAACUUGCUAAUAAAAACUUGAAA